GUUUUGGCCGCCUUUUCUAGAUACAUUCGACAUGUGUACACGAACACUUCUGGGAUUUCUCUGGACUUUCGUAAUCCAUUCCACAAUGUGCUUCGUCUUGCCCGAGAAGUUUCUACCUGUCACAUCCUCAAGUCCAUUAGAAGUUCCAGAACCGUCCAAAUGUCCAUCGAAGGACUUUACAUGCCUUACAACAAACGCAAGAUGUCUAAGGCAAACUACAACAAGCUCGUCCUCGUCGAUUGAAGUUACCGUCUUCAUCACGUGCAAUUUAACGUUUACUAGUACGAAUGAUUUGAUCGAAUUUGUGGCAGAAUACAUCAGUAUUGGCAACAAAGACGGUGCUGUCUCCGAGUUGAACAUCGUGAAUGUGCAUUUCUUGGAACCCCUGGAUGUCGUUGAAAUCGCGUCAGCUUUUCCGAAGCUAGGAGCUUUGAGAGUGUCCUCUUGUUCUGUUGGAAGCGUGAUUUUACCUGGAGUGGAAGCUAAAAAUCUGGUCGCGUUAAGCGUGACCAGAAGUGCCGUCGACAAUAUUGUUGUGCCGUCAAGCAAUUCAAGUCACCUCAAACUACUUGAUCUCUCGGGAAACAAUCUGCACAAACUGGAAGACUCAAUUGUGAAUGCCUACCCAAGCACAAAGCUAGAUUUUAGGGAGAAUCCUCUUCAUUGCAACUCAGUACUAUUUUGGCUGCUAGACCCAGAAAAAACUACCGAACUUAUCUCAGUGGAUGAAUGGAAGUGUGGUGGAAGCUUCAAUGGGAAGCCUGCUGUGAAAGUCUUGGAAUUCAUGGCGGAAGCCGAAGAAACUUGUCCCCGUGGAAAGAAUUACGAAUGUUCUUGCAGUGUUCCGUACAUAUUGCCUCUCAAAAACAACACAUUUGUGCCCAUGGUUGUCGUGGAUUGUUCCGGACGUGGAAUGACUCAAAUCCCUGCAGUGAUCCCGAGAUUUACCACUACGCUGCAUAUGGAAGAUAACAAGAUCACGUCUCUGGAUGGAGAAGAGCAUCUGGUGAACUUCACGAGCCUCGUGAACUUUUAUCUUGACAAUAACGUUAUUUCAAAAAUUGAUCAUUUACAAGGCACUUGGUUUGGGGAGAAUUUCCGCCUUCUCAGCUUGAAGGGCAACCAUUUUCAGACCAUUCCAACGCAUGUAUUCAGAACGAUACUUUCGAGAAAUGUGAACGUCCAUUCGUUAUACUUCGGAUCGGAGUCCUGGAUUUGCGAUUGCAUGACGACUCCAGAUUUCCAGAUAUUUUUGGCUGAUUAUCAGAAAUUGAUUAAAGACGUCGAAGAUAUCCGAUGUGGCAGCACGUCCGACACGCGACAUCGCGGUCGACAGAUUGCGCAUUUGUCCCUGGAGACCAUGUGCCAAACAACAGAGGAUGUGCACAUGUUGGACGUGUUGAAUGGAGUGAUGGCUCUUCUCAUAGUAAUGAUCGCGGUGAAAUUGACGUACGAUUGGUACAACUACCGAAAAACGAACCAGAUCCCGUGGAUUGCUCGGCGAAUGCCCUGAAAUUGCGGUUUUUACUUUAUUUGUUGGUGUGUGAUUCGGAGGAGAAGGAAUCAAACCGGUUUCUGCGUGUGGUAAAUUUCGCAGCUUCCUGGCAUUUUUACAGGCUCGGGCGAGUGUGGCCGUAAUUUUUUUUUUAUCCAUCUCGUCUCAGUAACUCACGUGUCAUUUUUUGUAAUCAAAAAAGAAGAGCGAGUGUGUUCGGAGUAAUCCUGGGGACGCACGUGGUCUGCAUAGAAUCGUUUCUAGUCAGUCGGUGCGCGAAAAGCAGGAUUUUCUGUCGAACUCCGUCGUGG